GAAAAUCGAACUGAACCGCUAUAUUUAUUAAAUAUAUAAUUUAUUAAUAAUUUAAUUAAUUUCUAUUGUCUAAACCCAAAUUUUCUAUUACACAACACACAGCAGCGCCGUCGGCUCCUCUCUUCUCCACUAAGAGACCAACAUGACAGCGUCCAAACAUAGGCAAGAGCUCUCUCGCCGCCUCUUAAUUCUCCAGUCGGCGGCACUGAUCGCACGGUGCGACUCAGGCCGUGUCUCUUCUUCGCCGUCCAACUCCAGACUCCAGUUCGCAAUUCGCACGCCUCUUCUUCGCCGCGGCUCAGCCACCCGGCUUCCCACCUUCCACUACCACCUGGCUUCGCCACUCGCCAGUCACCACUCUUCUCUUUCAAGUGAGUAAUGUUGCUUACUUUUAAAUUCUUGCUACUUGUUAGUUGCUUGCAACGAAUUUAUGGAAGAUGACGGAAUUUGUGUAUGAGUUUGAAAUGAUUCAUGGAAGAUUUCUGAAUUUGUGAAUUUAUUCAACUGGUUUAGUGUUGAUUGGAAACUAUUUGCUACUUCUUGUUCGUGGUUUGCUCGAAAUAUGCAUUAAUUGAAAAUGAUGGGAAGUUGGGAACAUAUUGUGAAUUCGAAAAUUUGCAUUAAUUCGAAAUGAUGGGAAGUUGGGAACUGGGAACAGAUUGUGAAAAAAAAAUCUCAAAUUGACGGAUUUUCUCGGUUUGGACCAAACCAGAUCUGAACUGAGGUCAGUUUCGGUCGGUUCCGACUCGGUCCUAUGCUUUAAAUCAGUCCGGGUCGAUCCGCAUAAUUUUUCUUCGUCGAUUUCGUCAAUUGGAACCGGAUCGAUUGGAUCCGGACAGAAUGCUCACCCUCAUUGAAAAGUACUACUCCAAUUCAGCGGUUAGCACAGCAUUUUGCCAUUUUCCGACAAAACAAAAAACAAAUGGAAAAAAAAAAAACAGACAUUUAAUAAUUGGACAUGCAAGGGCAGAUUAGUAAAGUCCAACACCAAACUCCACCCUUUUUUAAGCAUUCCGUAUAGUCUCCCCAUCUCCUUCUAACUCUCUCCCUAAUGGCGCUCUUCGCAAUCCUCUCUCUCCUCCUUCUCUCUCUACCCCUCUGCCACUCCUCCUCCUCCAUCCACGACCUCCUCAAAUCCAUGGGCCUGCCGCCGGGCCUCUUCCCCAAGGACGUGAAGUCGUACAACUUCUCCGGGUCGGGGCUCCUCCAAGUGUAUCUGGACGCCCCCUGUUUGACCAAGUUCGACACCAUGGCUUUGUACGACAGUGAGCUGCGCGCUAAUCUCACCCACGGCAGCCUCACCGGCGUCCAUGGCCUCUCGCAGGAAGAGCUCUUUCUAUGGCUCCCCGUCAAGGACAUUAUCGUCAAUGACCCUACCUCCGGUUUAAUACUCAUCGAUAUCGGCGUAGCUCACAAGCAGCUCUCCCUCUCGCUAUUCGAGGAUCCGCCCCAUUGCUCCAAGAGUGGAAUGAAGGAGCAGAAAGGCAGAAAAGAGAAGGGAUUGGUAGCUCAAGUAUAAAGCAAAUCAAGAAAUUAUGCCACUUUUGUUUUCUCUAACCAGUUUUAAUUAAUUAGUAUUUCACCAAGUAUAGCUAGGUGUUGAGUUAGUGUGUGUUAAUGGUAGUACUGUAAAAAUUUGGCAAGCAGACAUCCUAAUUGAUUUUGAGAGAACAAA